CGGAAAUGAGACGUCCUUUGUUGCGCUUUGUUGUAACACACUAAGAUCGGUUUCCGGGGCAGGAGGCGGAUGACCGAGAGCCGAAGAGUGAAGGAGGCUGAAAUUAAUGAAAUGAGAUGAGCCUGCAGACAUACUUCGCUAUUUGUUAUACUGGGUAAUCGUGGAACUAGUCUGAUACCAGGACUGCAGAAGAACAUGAUUAAAAGUCCAUCUGUUGACUAGCAGCAUCACAAUGUCUGUCAACGCCCUCCUGCGAUGCACCAUCAGGCUACACAGGAAACAUGUGACUACACAUUUAGUUCAUCAGAGAACUUUGUCUGGGGCAGAGGCUGUCAAUGCACUCAGACCGUUUUAUCUUGCAGUCCAUCCAGACUUCUUUGGUCAAUAUCCCAGAGAACGGGACGUGAAUGAAAAUUCAUUAAAAAGGCUAAAUGGCUAUCUGGAAAACUUGCAAAAGCCUGGGUCACAUUCAGUGCAGCCAAUGAAGCUCACCUUUUAUGUAAGGGACACGAAGGAAAGCAGCGAUGAGCAGCCAGAUCCCCUCACCUCAGGAUUUCGCUCAGUGAGUUUCACCCUGCACACAAAUGAUGUCUUGAGCACAGUGAUGAACGUCUUGACGUCCUGCUGUCUACCUGUGGACCACAUGAAGGCACUAAAAGCAAGUACGUCAAAAGACACAUCAAAAAGCCCACUUGAGGCACAGGUGCCUUUCUACAGGCCUAUCAAAUGGGAUAAAAGUUACUACACCUUCAGUGGCUUCAGAGACCCUGAACAGGAGCUGCAGCAGGCUAAGAGAGUGGAGCCUACUCUCAGCUUGUGGCUGAGAAACAACGAGCCUGAAGCAACAAAGAAGCACAGUGCUAGUCUUCCUCGGAGAGAAGAGCUGAAGAGACUGCAACAGGAACUGUGUCACAAAUUUAAUUUGGCAGAUAUCAGGUGGCAACGCAACUGGGGAGUGGCCCACAGGUGUUGUCAGCUUCAGAGUCUGGUCCGACUAUCUCAGCAGAAUCCUGAGGCCCUGAUCCACCUGCAAGGGCAUACUGUUGUGUUCGCUGACCAGUCAGGAAUGAAUGCCUCUGGACAUGUCAUGCUAGGAACCAUGGAUGUUCAUCAUCAGUGGACCAAACUACUAGAGCAGUUGCCCAGCUACCGUAGCCUGCAUCACCAGACAGACUGGCUGAAGGAAAGGAUCAGUCUUCUCCUGGGUGGGACUCAAGUGGUCCACAUGGAAAGGCUGGGACCAGUCCAGCCCAUCACUGAGCACUACAGCAGUCUGAGAAGCUUCCAUCAGAGCUUGAUGUCCCAACGCCUUCACCUGCACCCCAGGAGCCUGCAGGGCCUCACUAUGUUGUUGGAGAACGACCGCUCCAGACCCACCCUUCAUGAGAUGGGUCACUUCAUUAUUCCCACCAACUGUGACCCACCCCAGCUGCAGACCUUCCUCCAGAACCACGCCCUCGAGGCCAGACAGCGCAUUCAACGCAAAAACCAGCUUCAGGCUGAGGAGGAGGCUGUGGUGAAGCUGUGUCUCCAGAGACUGUCUCUGAGGAGUCUGACCAAGGAGCCCAGUGUGAGCUCCAGCCAGAUGAUCCUCUGCUGCAGAAGGCUGGUGGAGCAGCACUCCCCACUAAUGCAGGGCCUGCUUAUUUGUGUGUCUCACUUCUACUCAGUCAUGCAAGAUGGAGACCUGUGUAUCCCAUGGGACUGGAAGAGCUGAUCGAGGGGAGCACUUUCUGGACCUGCACCAUUUCACUUAAUACAGGUCUAAGAGGUAUUUUGAGAAAAAAAAGGUUGUUCACUCAAGAAAUAUGCUGAGCUUGUUUGCAAGGCAAGUUUGUUUCUACGGCACAUUUCAUACACCAAGGUGAUUCAAAGUCACUACAGACUUUGGAUUUUGGAAGGAAAACCCUUUAAUCAGGGAUUUAUUCAAGCAGACCAGUGAGGGUUUAUUGAAUAAGAAGCACUUUAUCUUUUUGUUGAAAAAGGCUAAAAGAAAGAGAAUGUGGAGAUCAGUGGCUCCCCUUGGUGUCUGUUCAGAUGAGAGUUGAGGCUUUGUGGUUUAACAAAGUUUGUAUUUAUUGUUGCUGUAUAAAGUGCACUGAAAAACAAUGGAAUAAUAGUUCUUGUAAAAGCACAAAACUAAAGCUAAACUAGUCACUACCAAUCAAUGCAUAUGGUGAGAAUUGUUUGAUUUCCAUUAAACAGGCCAAGUGUUUAGUAGGUUUAAAGUCAUUCUAAGUCAACAUUGCCCCUGUCGAACUAUCAAACGCAGUGUUUUUGUCUAGAAGAAACUGUAACUGUGAGUGAACAUCGCUCAUUUAUGUGAUGAUAAGUAACUGUGGGGAGACUAUCCAGAAACAUCAAGACAGAGUUCCUUCAGUAUUUUUUCACAAAUUCAGCUCGGUACCUUCUGGGUCUUAUGUGUGUUUGGCAUAAGGAAGAUGGGACUGGGACUGUGAAUUGCUUGUGAACUACGUGUGACGAUGUAUUGCUUCUGGAUGGAGCUGUUCUACAAAUUCUGGACAUUUCAGAUGCAGUUAUGAAACCUAAGUUGGUACGUCUUUACAGAUGAACCCAUAUUAAUGCUGUCAGUCAUCUAACAUGGCUCUGGAGGUGAAGUACUCUCAUCUAGAUUUGAACUGGAAUAAAAAUGAUGUUUUUUUCGUGGACUGUU